AUGACAAGACAAGAAGCAAUGUCUAUCCGCGCCCUACUACAGGUAGUUGUGUCUCUUACACUGUGGCACUCCGGAGUUACAUUGGUUAGUGGCUAUCAACCUAUCGAAACCUCAGGAAGCUCUACAGACGGUCUCUACACUCGCAAGGUUGAACGCAGUAACAUGGCUUAUCGCUUAGGCAUCUACCUUAGCAAGGGCAUGUCGUAUACAAUCGAUUGUCUCAAGAAGCAUGACGAGCGGAACAGGGAAGAGCAAGAAUGCUACAAACCGCGAAAAGAGAGGCCAUCAGCCAAUCCAGGCUUGCUCCUCCUGUUGGAAGUUCAAUUGCUGCAGUGUGGCUAUGACCGAAAGGAGUCUCAUUGGAACUAUAUGAGAGUCUAUGCAGCUCCUGCGAGAACUCGUGGUAACGGCGGUAACUUCAACAUCACCCAAGCCGCUGGCAGGAGGACUGCUAUCGUGUUGGGCUCCGCUCUCUUGUGCGUCCAUCGUGUCUUCUUGUUCUUGGGUGGCUUCUUGGGAGGCUUGACGGAUCCGGUAGAGAUGGCGCUUGGUUUCCUGAAUGCUGGCCCCGGUCUGACGCGAGGGUUAUCAUGGGUUCCAAAACUGGAAUUUGGAAAGCAUUUCAUGGACCUCUUGAGCACCAGAUUCCCCCCAGACGACACUGCGAGACGGUGGACAUGUGCUGGGAAACGGCCUGAUGAAACAAAUCCAGUUAUGGCUGCCUUCUGCGUUUCGAUGGUUGCGAUUGGGCCAAGUAUGCGAAUGUCUGAACGGGCCGAUAGAAUGUCUGACGUAGGUCAUGCCGAGACUAUCGAGGAACUGAGUGUCGAAGAGUCUGAUGUAGGUGUUGUGCUCGAUCUCGCAGUCGGACAGCGUGGUACUCCAACCCCUCGCAUGCUAGAGACCCAUGCUCCCAUCCGCACUUCGAGGCUCAAGGAUGAUUCGAGUCGUGUCGGCGACUAUAGAUCAUGA